CGCGAGUGUCUGCCUAGCAGACGUCUUUUCUCUGUCAUGACACACUACAGAUGCAUAGUUUUGUGAUGAAACAUCAGUAAAUCCCGUCUGUUUACAUUUUCAGACUGAAGUUUGAUAGGUAUCAACAGUUGUGAACUGAAGAUUGUGCACCUGUCUCAAGAUGCCAGGUAGCGGACCAGUGUAUCAGCCAACAACUGUCAGUUACGAACAGCAUGGGCCGUCUGGUUACCUUAGCCAAACUGUUAGCCAGGGUCUACGGGGGGCUAGGUGUACACAAUGGCUCCUCCUUAUUUUGGGUUUAUUUUCAUUAGCAGCUGGUCUGAUUAUGGUAAUUGAGGGUGCUGUGGACAUAGGGAACAAACAUCAACAUGAAAUAGACUCAAGUAACAGUAAUUUACCGGAAGGUGAAUCUACAGAUUUGGUGAUUUUGAUCAUUGGUGCCAUCCUAAUGUUGAUUGGACUCCUGAUGUUAUCAUAUUAUGUACGAGCCGAGAGACGUCGCAAGAAUUGUCCUUGCUUCCCAUCUAAGGAACAGCGCAUGGCACGCCAACUCCGAGAAAAUCAAGCGGGCAAUGGACAGAUUUUGACGCUGAACCCGUCUACCGACCUGCUGGUCACUGCGCAGUAUGCCCCAGUGUCGGAGGUCGCGUAUCAACCUCCCAACCUGGUUGCUGAUGAAGAGGAACGACGCAAGUUAAUGGGCAGUGAUAAUAAAGACUGCGUAUUGGGACGAUGCAGCAGCGUGGGAAAGGCUUCUGGAUACCGAAACUUCCGACGACAACGUAAGAUUUCGAUGACCAACUUCAGAAGACCCCCAUCAGUUGGCUCUGGUCCUAGUAUAGCUCCAUUGGCAUGUGGCGAAGAGAUAACCCCUUCAUUACGGUCGUCCUUCGCUAGUAUAUACUAUAAUAUGACACCAUAUGACUCAAAACUUUCUUUGGAUGAAGAGGAUUCUUCAUCAGUGUGUAGUGACAUGCUGUGACGUGUUGGUUGUGUUUAGCAUUUAGUCAUGUGUGUCAGUUUUCCUAUUGCUUAUUUGUGCAUGACUGAUCCUUUUUUUUUUUUUUUUUUUCUCAAAACUAAAAGGAAAUCAGUAUCACAUACCUCAAUUUUACAGCAUGAUUGAAGAACUUUUGAGCACUUUUGUUAACACAAGAGUUUUGAAACAGUAAAUUAAAUUUUGCACUUAGACAUUAUAGGUUGGAAGAGUCUGUGAUCUGACUGUGGAGCAUAUUAGUGUUAUGCUUCCUUAUUUGUGUAAGGGAUGGUUUCAUUGCAGCUUGUAAUCUUUUAUUUUUUUGCAACUACGCAUGAAAUUGUGCUUGAACUUACAUAAUUACACUCAUUGCUUGCAUUGUAAGCAACAUUAUAAACAAGUCCUACACUCAUCUCUCAAAUAGCUAAUGGCACAAACUGUAUGCAUCCAGCAUUUGCUACAAUAUUUGGCCAGAUUUUCCUUGCCAAUUAUUUAUUUGCACUCCAAAGUGCAUCAGAAACCUGCUUCCUUUCAUCUUGCUAAACUUCCUCUUGCCAUUUUUCUUACUCAUCAAAAAAAAAAAAAGUUAGCAGUAGAGCUAGAUCUAUCUUUCAGGGUUACCUGGUAAAAGUAAAUAGUAUGAAUGGUGAAAGCAUUCAUGGUUACCAUAUCUUACUGGAAUGUCGUGAGUUACUCUUAGCUGAGGUAAAAUUCAAGUCAUUGUUGGACUUAAAGAAAAAAUGUCUUAUAGCUAACUUAAAAAGUAAUUGUAAUGUUUGGAACUGAACCGAUGUAUGUAUGUUAACUGGUAAGGCUCGGCCUCCAAGUCUCUCUAAUGUUAGUAUUUUAAAGAGCUACCAUGAGUAACAUUUGAUGGCCUAUGCUGUCUUCAUAACAUAACUGACUGAACUGAAGGUUUAUACAAAAUGUUCAAAAGCAUAAAUUUUACAUCACAUUGCUGAAAAUGACAGUACAAACGUAAAUUUAGCUGACCACAAAUCAGGUUUGCAUAAUACUGUUAAGAAGUUAAUUUUAAAUUUGACUUUUAUUGCUAAACUGUGUACUUAAGCAAUCCUGUCUUCAAGGAUAAGCCACUUUCUUUCUUCCUAGUAAAAUUGAAAUUUCUUUAUAAUUUUUACCUUUCAAUAUUGAUUGAACUUUUGAGGAAUGAUCUAUUCAUAACUUGUACCUGCAUCUAUGGCACAGCAAUCAUUUAAUUUCUGUGCUUCAGUAUUUGAAUAGUGUAAUGCAGUUGGUCCAAUAGAUAGUAUUAUUUAUAAUUUUGCUAAUAGUGUCUCAUAUUUUAGAUCUGUUGUUUUAUUUAAAUGAUUUCCUCUGUUUUCUUUUAAUUCUUUAAAAAAUGUUUGGCCUUUUGGUUUUGUUUUCUUUAAAGGCAGUUGACAACCUGGUUGUGAUUUGGAUGCGGCACAUGAGUAACUUAUCAGUAUUUGGAAUCUUGAAUUAUGAUUUUGUUGUGACUGUCCUGUCUUAUAUGUCUGUUUUUCCUUUUUAUUUUAUUUUAUUUUAGAUUUUUAUUUUGUUUGACUUGGCAAAUUCUCUUCAUGUCCGAAAGCACUUUUAACUCUGAAACCUCAUUACCUUAGUGUACAGUAGUGUACAGUGAAGCUUCUUGAACUUUGUACAAUGGCUUUAAGAAAUUUGUAAAUUCGUUUCCUUGUAAAAGUAGAAUGCCAGGCAACUGCAUGAAUUGUAGCGUUCAUUAUUCCAUAGUCUAGUUUAUUUUUCUGUUAUGAAUUAUUAGAAUCCAUGUAAUAGAAUCAUGCAUGAGAAUGAGAUAGAAACCAAAUUUGGAAACAAAAGAAUCUCUUCAUACAUAAACUUCUGUAUAAUAAAUUGUUUGAUUCAACAUUAAUGUACUGCCUUUUUUUGCCUCAAACAGAGACUGCUUUUUAAAAUAAUGUACAAGCCCUUUUGCAAUGUUAAGCGUCUUUAUGUUUUGUUUCACUUUAAGAAUACCAUGAUUAAAAUUUAUUAUUAAACUUUGA